CCGUGACAAAACUGUCAAAUUGCCGCAAGUCUCCUUGUUUGUACGAUGUUGCAUUAGUUUUUCUUUAUUAUUGUUUUACAUUGGUCUAAAAAUUUACGAUAAAUCUUGAAAAUGAAUUUGUCUGAAGAAAAUAAUUUUGGAAACGAUCUGCUUUACGUGGGAUUUAACCAGGAUCAAGGUUGUUUUGCUUGCGGAACUGAGAAUGGAUUUCGGGUGUUUAACAGCGACCCACUUAAAGAGAAAGAACGCCAGAACUUCGCGGAAGGCGGCCUGUCGUAUGUCGAAAUGUUAUUUAGAUGUAACUACAUGGCACUUGUUGGCGGAGGGAAAACGCCUGUAUACCCUCCGAAUAGAGUGAUAAUUUGGGAUGAUUUGAAGAAAGAUUCUGCUAUUUCCCUCGAUUUCAAUAGCCCUGUAAAAGCUGUGAAAUUGCGAAGAGAUAGAAUUGUCGUUGUUUUGGAAAACUUGAUUAAGGUGUACACAUUCACGGCCCAGCCGCAGAUUCUUCAUGUUUUUGAGACUUGUCAGAAUCCGCGCGGUCUGUGUGUGGUCUGCCCUAACAGCAACAAUGCAUUGUUGGCAUACCCUAGCCGCAAGACAGGACAUGUUCAGCUGGUGGAGCUGAGUGCUCAUGUGCCACAGGGAACAAGUACCAACCCGGAGGGACAUCUGAUCACAGCACAUGAAGCACCGUUGAGCUGCCUAGCUCUGAAUGUUGGAGGCACCAGGCUGGCCACAGCCUCUACUAAGGGCACCCUCAUCAGAGUCUUCGAUACAGCUACUGGACAGAAACUUGCUGAACUAAGAAGAGGUGCGCAUCAGGCAACAAUAUACUGCAUCAACUUCAACCACACUAGUACAAACCUGUGUGUGACCUCUGACCAUGGGACAGUGCAUGUCUUCAGUCUUGAGGAUGACAAGCUUAAUAAGCAAUCUAGUUUGGCCACAGUCAACUUCCUUCCAAAGUACUUCUCUAGCAAUUGGAGUUUCUGCAAAUUCACCAUUCCAAAUGGUCCACCUUGUAUCUGCGCGUUUGGUGUGGAUAAGAGCUCUAUUAUAGUGAUAUGCGCCGACGGUUCUUACUACAAAUAUAAGUUCAACGAAAAAGGCGAAUGUACUAGAGAUGUGUACGCACAGUUUUUGGAGACUUCUGAAGAUAGAUAAGCUAGAUGACAGCAACUAAGGAUGACAUUUCAAAGAAAUUAGUCAUCCGAAUUGGUAACAUGCUAAUUUCUUCUUGAUGAUGGUCUACUAUUAACUGACCAGAUAAAGACCUCCAUAAAUUCAAUGAGGGAGUUUCCAGGCUAUGUUCAUUCGUGAGCAAUAUAAUGUACCCAAUUUAGGACUCUGUCGCACUAACAUAUUUGACAUUUAGUGAGACUUACAGUUCAAUUUGUCAAAAAAGUUAGUGUGACAUGGUACCAAAGUGUAUACAUAUUAAUCUCGUAAGGCCCGGAUUUCCAGACACAAUAGUUAAACAAUGGGAUUUGGAUUUUAAAAGGACUUUGGGCCUUACGACCUUAAUGCUCGUGACCGUUCCCCAAACACAAUAUAGAUGGCGCUGUUGAGAUUUGACAUAAUUACCUAUUCUCUCAUUGCUCGCGGUAAUAAAAAGCGUUAUCAUUUAUACCCAAAAACAAAGAUAAAAUAUGCAUAUCCUGUUAUCCAGGAAAUUAGAAGGUUAAACGAAGACAAAACUGCAGCGCCAGCGUAUUUUUGGGGAAUAUAGCCAGGAAAGUCCCUGAUUCCUUUCAAUCCUUGCCUGUUGUUUCAAUGUUGCCCUACUUCAAAAAUAUAAAUACCUACUCUGCCCUCUAUGUACUUUUUGCGUAAAUUCCAAUAUAGAGACCUAGUUUUAUAAAUGUUAGAAAAAACUAAAAACGGUUUUAUAAGUUUUGAUAAUUCCGAUUGUCAUACUCUCGGUGUAAUAUUAUACAAAGAAUUGGAAUGCAUAAAAAUGGGCAGAAUCACAAUAGUUGAAAAGCUUUAUCAAAGUAGAAAAGCGAGUACCACAAAGAUUUGUAUGUUGUAAUUAUUAUUGAUAUAGAUGAAAAUGUGAUCAAACAAAUUAUAAAACUUUAUAUUAGAGAAAUAUUUGUAAUACCAUUAUAAACUUCUUUUUAUAAAAGUUUCGUCUCUUGUUAUAAGAUCUCAGUGCGAUCAUCUUCAUUAGUUUAUUUGGAAAUAUUAUACUUAGAUAUAUUAAUGGGGAACUGGGCUUCAUUAUUAUUUGCUAAUAUAUAUAUAUAUGUAUAUUAAAUGAAAUAUAUAUUUUAAAUAUAGUUGACAUUCAUUUCAGUAUUUUCUGUGCUCUGUUAUAUUUAAAAAUAAAGGUAUUUUUUCAUGGAAAAAUGCCUAAAGAAAUGCUUAUGUAUUCAUUGACUUCCAGAAAAGUGUUAUCUAACUUUAAAAUGUUGAAUGUUUGGUUGUAAAUCCUUUAUUUGACAAUAAUAGUCUAUUUACGAAAUAUUAAGUGGCAGAAGGAUAAUAAAAGUGAAUAAAAUAUCUUAAAACAUACAUAAUUGUUACAAACAACACUAAACAUUCUUCAACCAAAAAGGUGACCCAGGCCUUGUUAACACACUUCAAAUUUAAAUAAAAUUAUACCCCUUAAAACGAAGCAUGAUUAUAAUGAGAGCAGGACAGAUAUAUAGUACAUCGCCCAUACACCUAGCGCGAAAGGGUUGAGAUAUGAGGGGUAUAGUAUCAAAACCCACUAAAACACAUUUUUCAAAAAUAUCACAGGAUACAAAAAAUCGUUAGAGCUUAAUCAAUACAACUUACUGGGAUUUUUUUAUGCUAAUAAUUUAGUUUAUGACAUGACAACACUAAUUUAGGCUGGACAAGGAAAAAAAUUAAAGUUAUGAAACCGUUAAAAGCAUUUAAAAAUUUGUUAUAGAGGAGAUUGAAAUUAACCUGCCGUUACAGCGGGUUUUGAAAAUAAAUUGUCAUAUUUUGGCGGGUUUUGCAACCAGGAAUAAAACUCGGGUGGAUGGCGUUAUGCAAAAUGUAUUAGGGCCAGAUGAGUUAGAUUAGUUCUAAUGUAGCUAGGUAAAUACCUAAAAUAAAAACAUCGGAUCUUUUCAAUAGCAAUUUUUUAUUAAUAACUGAGCUUAACCCUAAUAUUAUAAUUAACACAAGCUUAAAACACUAGUAUUCAUUGCGCAGAUAGCUCUUACUUUAUACAUUUAUGGCAACUUCUUCAAAGCCUGGCUCGCAUAAACCAUUACAGUCAUCAUCAUCAUCAUCGCGUUCGUUAUCUUGAGAAUCAUUAUUCCCAAUGCCCUCCAAAUCUUUAUAAUAUUUUAAACAUUCUAAAUUUUUCCAUUCGUCCCCAAAAUGUUUUUUAAGGAGGCCAUAAACAUCGUUCAAUUUCGAUGCUUUUGGUACGAUUGUGUUAGGUUGAAUAACCUGUGGAGCAAUCAUUAUAAUUUUUUUAUUUUUUUUCGUUAUUAUUUUUUUUGUGUUUCGCUCCGUUCUAUAAGCUUCUUCACCCUGUACCAAAACAUUUUCCGUUUUGGUACGAGUAAUAAAAAAGCGCUUCGAUUUCAUAAAAGGGAAGUGCCAGGAUGUCGUCGGUUUAAUGAUGGAAGCAUAAGCUGUCUUCCAGUCAUAAACUGGAAUCGAUGCUAGGUCUACGCAUGAUCCAUGUUCUUGUAACACAGCUGCAUAUUCCGAUGGAGACGUUACAACUUCUUUUGUCUUCAGCGUCUUUUCAAUUUUGGCGAAGACACGAUCAGGCGGUAUGAACGAAUGUCCAACAAUUGGGAAAAUCAAUUCAAUUUUUUUCAGAUGUCUUGGGGCUUCAACAGAAAGCCAUUUACCUAGCAUGCUGAUCAUACCAGUGUUUUUAUUUUGGCCCGAACAACCAUCACAAACCAUGCGAAGAACUUUUAUAUGUUCUGAGAUCUCUACAUUCUGUAGAAAAUGGUAAACGGCACUUAUAAUUUCAUUGCCUCCUUUGGCGUGAGUUGUUUCAUUCCAAUAGUAAGAAUGUACGUUUUCUUUUCCGAGUUUAGCUUUCGAAUUGCCCUCCACUAUAGCAAAGUGGUAAAAAUUAAACUGCCUGCUGAAAUAGGCAGACUGAUCGGGCAAUUUCGGCAGAGGCUGAUUUUUUUGACAGUCAUAGCUUAUCGUUUUGGUGUCUUGGCUAUCUUCCUUCAAUAUGCUGUAAAACGCUUUGUAUUUAAGACCGUGGAGUCUUUUCUGAAUCAUUAACUCGUUUCUUUUUGUAACAUCUUUUUCAACUUUUAGUUGUUCCUGCAAAGAUAUACAAGUAGAACAUACGUCUGUUCUCGGGGUGCCGAAUCCGAUGUUAUAGUACCUGUUAAAUAUACUCCGAAAAAAACUUUGUUUAACUUUUAGUUCAGCAUCUCUUGAGUCAUUAUAGAUCCUCCACAUUUUUCUAAUAUUUAAUCCGGAUGGCAAGUAUAGUCUUUUUGUUUGUGAUCUGCAGUAAUGGCUUUCUUGACCUUUAAAUUUUUCUAUAAACCAUUGUACUGAGAGUUUUUUUGCUUCAUACAGAAAUGAUUUACGAUCGCCUCCUCUUGUCUCUUUAAUGGGAGAGCCUUCGCUGUUAUAAAAUCUGGUCAUUACCCCUUGGACCCGAUCUUUUUUUAUUUGUAAAGCGUUCAAAAAUGUGUUUCGACAUACGGGAACAAGCAGUCCGUCUUUAGAACAUAUAGAAUAUUUUGUGGCUAAUUUCCUCUUGCUAUCCGGCUUGGAUUUCUCCGCUUUCUUGAUACUGCAAUAUCUCAGAAUAAAAUUAUCUUGCUGAAGUUUCGUCGUACAUUUAUAAAAGUUUUUGUGAAACCUUCGUAUAUCUUGACAUGUAAGUAAGGUACAGCGAAAAGAUUUUUGAUCGUGCUCACAUUGUGGAAAUGUUGGCAAUUUCUUGGCUUCGUACCUGAAAAAAAAAUAUAAAAAAAAUCAAAACGCACACAAACGACAAACGUCAAAAUGAAUCGCUACAGAACUAUGUUUAUUGCUUAUUAAUAUAAUUUAUCGCGAAAAUCAUUUAAACAGUUUAGUGGGAUUAGUAGUAAAACACAAUGUAGUGAAAUGAAAAUAAAACAAAAAUAAUCGUUCUGCUAAAUACCUUAUUUAGAAUAGGCUGGAUGCAUCUUGCAUAAAACUUUUUUGGAAGAAGUUGGAACACAAUAAUGACAAAGUAUUACAUACCGUUUCUUGCGCUCCACUUCACGCUUCCAUGAAGAUGGAUCGCGUGGUCGUUUCCUAGCAUGUUUAGGAUCACAUUUUUUAACAAAUUGGGCUAAUUCAUCCAUAUUUUCACAUUAAAUUAGUUAAAAAACCACACACAAGUUUUCGCCGGCACUCAACAACCGCCAUACUGUUUUACUGAUCAUGUGACGCAAAUGCGGUGCUGUGAUUGGUCGUUUCAAUUAUGGAGGAUUUUGAAACUGGUAUGCACUGUUAUAGGGGCUUUUGAUUUUAAUACUAUGUUUAGUGGGCAGAUUUCUGUAUGUUUUAGCGGGUUUCGGUACGAAACUAGUCAAGCAUUCUAAAGCAAUUUUUACGAGGUUUCCAACGGUGCUACUAACUCAAAUUUGGUCCUUAAGCAUUAUAGCGGAUUUUGAUUUUAUACCCCUCAUAUGUCUCUUUCGCACUAACGGUAUACAGCUGAGUAAGAAAGAGACGGGAGAUAUGUCAGUAUUAUCAUGUUCUUUGGGGUAUAAUAAAGUAGGAGAGUGAAUAUAAAUUAGUUAUUUUCAAUGUUCUCAAAAUUACCAAAGAAUGUCAUAUCGUGUUUAUUUUUUAUAUCCGACUGGGAUCACUAAAUUAACAUAAUUUAUAACGGUUAAACGCACUUUGAAGCUGCUAAUGUGUAACUGGACUAAUAUUUCUUUUUCAUUUAGAAUUUCAUCAUAUUCGUGGCUAUCAGAACUAAAAUCUAACUCUAACAGUGGUAAACUCUUGAAUCCACUGAAGUCGUUCUUUUCCCGACAAUGUUGGUCCGCUUCAAGGGAGUUCGAAAAGACUGAAAAAUGGUUUUAUAAGCGACUUUUUAGAUUGCAUAAUGCCGUUGUACCUGACAAGGCGUUAAGGAGUCGCAUGUUUUAGUUAAUUUUAUUUUCUUAUCAUUUUAUGGCAUAUCAUUUAGAUAUUAAAAACGGACACUACAAUGCUUUCCAAAGCAUAUUCCGCUAAAAGUACGACAUUAAUUUAGUAUAUCAAUAUAUUUUUGUGAGGAGUAACCAUUCCCUUAUAAAAUAUUAUAUGCCCUCGUUUGAGAUUGUUAAUAUCUGUAAUGAUUUAUUUUAUAAAUGUAUUUUAGUUAAACAUGGUAUACUAUACAGACUUAGCGAGUUGUAGAUUAUUGCUUUGUAUACCAAUUUUCAUAUUUUGUGAUGUUAACCAUGCAAUGACCCUAUUAUAACCCGCAUUUUAUAAAUAAAUAAAUUAGGUAUAUUUUUA